AACCCGAAACGGCCCUACGUUUCUCCAAAUUGUGAAUAACAAAGAAAGAGAGAGAAAAUAUGAGCAAAGUUCGAAAACUGUGAAAUUGAUGAACUCCUCGAAGAUCGUUUGAGGUGAUAAAACCAGGCCCGAUCGAGGUUUCAUAUUUCUGUAAAUGACUAAUGGAAGAACUCGAUGUUGUGCGAUAGUGAGUUUUGAUGUGGAAGCUGUAGCAGUUAAAACAUCUGCUGAGAGGGACUUGGCUGAACAUGAAGAGGGUCCAGUCACAGAACCAUGUGUUGGCAUGGAGUUUGAGUCUGAAGAGGCUGCCAAAGAGUUCUAUGAUGAAUAUGCUAAACGUGCAGGGUUCAUCAUGCGUACUGAUCAAUGCCGCCGUUCGGAGGUUGAUGGAAGGAUACUUUCCCGUCGACUUUCAUGUAAUAAGCAGGGCUUUUAUGUUAAAACUAGAGAUGAGUAUGGGCCGGUUAGGAAACCACGACCCAGCACCAGAGAAGGUUGCAAAGCAAUGAUUUUGGUGAAGGUCGAUAAAUCAGGAAAAUGGGUUGUGACAAGACUUGUAAAGGAGCAUACUCACACCUUAAUUGCGUCAAGUCAUCCUUCAUGGAGUUCUUUGGAUUUUAAGGAUAGGAGGAUUCAAGAUCCUUCCAUGGAGUUGGAGCGACAAGAUCAGUUAUGUGAACUAUAUAGGGAGCUGCUAAUUAGGUUGUUAGAAAAUGUUGAGGAGCAAACAGAACUGCUGUCAACGAAGAUUGAAGCAGCUGUUAACAAUGUAAGAGAAUUUGAGACCAAAGUUGAAGAGAGAAAAGAGCAUCGGUAGCGCUGGCGAGUAGAAUGAUACCUUCCGCUCCAUAUAUCCAUAUGAUCUGGUGUGAUUAGGUUCCAAACUACUUGUCAUCCCCAAAAGAGUGGCUGAAAUCAUCCCGUAGCAAGACAGCAUAGCUGGGAGUUGAUCACAAACCAGCUUCUGUCAAAUAAAUGUAGGUACAGCACUCCACCGGUUCGCCUAGCAGCACGACACUUGUAUUGCUCUCCCACAACCCCUAGGCUGCUCCCAUUUCGCUUGCCACUGCUACUACAGGAAUUGCUUUUGCUUAACAGAACUUCAACAUGUUGGGUUUCCCUGGGGAAAUCAAUUGGGAACUAUACUCGAUCUGAAGAGAGAGGCCACAUAAAUAUAUAUCUGUCUAAUGCUUUACUUUCUAAACAGUGUCCUCUGCCUCAUCUUGAACACUGAACAAUGUAUGUAGAAUGGUCAAUGGUUAAGGUGGGAAGAUGGUCACUUUUGCAUU